AUGGCUGAUCAACAGGGUGAGCAGCAAAUCCAAGAGCAUGUAGUAGCUGUAAAUUGUUUCUUAAAAGAUUAUAUUGUUCUUUUGGUACAAGGAAUUCCAUUGAGCAUUCAAAGGCCAGCUAUUCAAGCAAACAAUUUUGAGAUUAAGCCAACUAACACCACCAUGAUUCAAACGUCAGUCCAAUUUGGGGGCCUUCCGAAUGAUGAUCCAAAUGGCCAUCUAUCAAACUUCUUGGAAAUUUGUGAUGCAUUCAAACAUAAUGGGGUCACAGCUGAUGCAAUUCAUUUGAGGCUUUUUCUUUUCACAUUUAACGAAGCUAAAGCAUGGUUGAAUGUGCUCCUUAUUGGCUCAAUAACAACAUGA